AUGAAUGCUAUCUCAUCAAAUACACAGUCUCAACUCGAGUCUGAAGCAUCACCUCAGACUCAAAGCCAACAACAACAACAACAGUUAGGUAGAGCAACUACAAACACAAGUUCACGUGUAUCUUCAGAGUCAUCGGAAAUACCACCUCCAAAUAUUAUUUCAACCACUGAAGGCAAUACGUCUCAAUUAAGUUUGGGUUCACCAAUGCAUGAGAAAAUCAAACAAUUCAACCAAGAUGUCGAAGAUGUACCAGAUAUCGAUGACAAUGACGAUGAUGAAAUAUCUACAAAACAUGGGUCCGGUGAUGCUGACGUUUCAUAUGAGUCUCAAAAAUCUUUAAAACACGACCACGACAUCAAAGAGCAAGAAGUACAAGAUGAAGUAGAGAAGGAGGAGACCGAGGAAAAUGAUAACGAAAAAGAGGGCGAUGAUGAUGAUGAUGAUGAUGAUAAUAAAGAUGAAAGCGACAAAUCACAUGGUAUGCCUCAAAGAAUGCCUGGUACUUUUAAUGUUUCUGCGUUAAGUCAGGGCGAUGAUAACGAUGAGGAAGUUCAAUAUAAUGAAUUGACAAAAUCCAUAAAUAAGCGUAAUAGCAAAGAUUCGUAUUCCCCAAGUGCAUUUGAAAGCCCUGGAGCUAAAAGUUUAGCCGAUACAAAUAAUACCUCCCCACAGAUUAUAAUAGAAGAAGAUCAAGAGCAACUGAUAGAACGUGGAUUACCAGGAAAAGAAGACACCAGUGAGACUCAAAGAUUAGCACUGGCUCAAAUUGCAGAACCAACUUCAAAAUCAUCAUCUUAUGAUGACGAAAAUCUGGAACGUUCAUCAAUAUCUACAACCAAUCACCAUAUUCCUUCUAAUCCAACAUCUGCUCGUGGUUCUCAAUUGUCUAGUUAUAAACCUACUUUGGAUCCAGGCAAACCACUACAACCACCUGCACCUUCUGAUAUUGACAAUAUUUUGAGUAAAACAGAAGCAGAAGCUGAUGCAGUUAGUACGUCUACUGGCUCACCAAAUCUUUCGAGAAAUACACAAGGCACUGAAGAUGAGUUCUCCAGGCAAAGAGACACAUCUCUGGCAUCAACAGUUGUGAGAAGUACCCCGGGUGAUUCAAAUAAAUACACUGCACACAAUCAAACGGCAGCAAUAACACCGGUAUUACCAAAUAACAAUAAAUUUCAACCAGGGAGUCAAAAUGGUACUAGUUCAUCAUCGCUAGAAAACUUGGGUGUUGGCAUAAAUUCAACACAUUCUCCCAAGAAUGGCAAAAAGAGGAAAAGUGGUAGUAAAGUCCGUGAAGUAUUUUCAUCAAUGUUUGGUAAAAGUAAAACAGUAUCAAAUGCCAAUUCAAACAGUUCCCCUGAGAUAAAUAUCAAAAUUAGUACUCCGUUCAAUGCUAAACACGUUGCUCAUGUUGGGGUCGAUGACAAUGGUUCAUAUACUGGAUUACCAAUUGAAUGGGAAAGACUUCUAUCCGCAAGUGGUAUUACCAAAAAGGAGCAACAACAGCACCCUCAAGCUGUUAUGGAUAUAGUAGCCUUUUAUCAAGAUACCAACGAAAAUCCCGAUGAAGCAGCAUUUAAGAAAUUCCAUUUCGAUAACAACAAAAGUAGUUCCAGUGGUUGGUCCAAUGAAAAUACUCCUCCUCCGACUCCUGGAGGUGGUUCAUCUGCAAGCCCACAACAACGUACUCCUACAUCAUCAUAUAUUGAUAAAGGUGGUGAAGACAAACUGAUGUCAACAUCACAAUCCACCAUUCAAAGUCAAACCCCAAAGACUCCUAAUGGGAACCAUGAACACCAAUUCAUACCUAGCAGACCAGCACCAAAACCACCUUCCACACCAGGCUCAGCCAUUACUACUCAUCCUCAAAGAACACCAUCAUCACAAACAAUGCCAAGAGCUGAUUCCUAUACUGAUAGACCACAACCUCCAUCAACCCCAAGUUCCCAACUGGAAGCUUCUCCAAACAAGAUGAAACUUCGUUCACUUUCGUCCAAGUCUUUGAAAUCGAUGAGAUCUAGAAAAAGUGGCGAUAAGUUUUCUCAUAUUCCACCAGCACCAGCUCCACCUUCUGUUCCAAGUAUACCAAAAUCUAAAUCACAUUCUGCAUCUUUAUCUAACCAAUUGAAACCACAAAUCAAUGGAUCUGGUUCUACAACGGCGCCAAUCCCUCCAAGUGCAACAUUCGGUGAAAGUUCCACAUUACCUAAGCAAAGAUUGAAUGAAUUUAAAACACACAGGGCUCCACCCCCACCGCCAUCUGCUACCACUGACCAACCUCGUUCAUCUCCACAACAAGCACUUGCAGAUAUUACUGCUCCACACAAUGUCUACGAAGUUCAACAAACCAAAUAUCAAGAAGCACAACAGAGAUUACGUGAACAAAAGGCUAAAGAAAUUGAAGAAUUACAAAGACAACGCGAAAAGAGUGAACAACAACAACAACAACAACCAGACACCGAUUCUGCUAGUUCUAAUGCUCCAUCAAAUGGUCCUCCGCCUAUCCCUCUCCCAACUAAAAAACAAUCCAGUGGCCGUGAUGCUAAGCAAGCAGCUUUGAUUGCACAAAAGAAACGUGAAGAGAAGAAGAGAAAGAAUCAACAAAUCAUUGCUAAAUUAAGAACCAUUUGUAACCCAGGUGAUCCUAAUCAGUUGUAUGUUGAUUUAGUUAAAAUUGGUCAAGGUGCCUCUGGUGGUGUUUUCCUUGCUCAUGACAAUCGUGAUAAGACUGACAUUGUUGCAAUUAAACAAAUGAAUUUGGAACAACAACCAAAGAAAGAAUUGAUCAUUAAUGAAAUCUUGGUGAUGAAAGGAAGUCUGCAUCCAAACAUUGUCAAUUUCAUUGAUUCAUAUCUCUUACUGGGAAAUUUAUGGGUUGUUAUGGAGUAUAUGGAAGGUGGUUCCUUGACUGAUAUUGUUACUCAUAGUGUUAUGACAGAAGGCCAAAUUGGUGCUGUUUGUAGGGAAACGUUGAAAGGUUUGAAAUUUUUGCAUUCAAAAGGUGUCAUUCAUCGUGACAUCAAAUCAGAUAAUAUUUUGUUAAGUAUGGAUGGUAAUAUUAAAAUCACUGAUUUUGGUUUCUGUGCACAAAUUAAUGAAGUUAAUCUGAAGAGAAUAACCAUGGUGGGUACUCCAUAUUGGAUGGCUCCGGAAAUUGUUUCAAGAAAAGAGUAUGGUCCAAAAGUUGAUGUUUGGUCUUUAGGUAUUAUGAUCAUUGAAAUGUUGGAAGGGGAACCUCCAUAUUUGAAUGAAACCCCAUUAAGAGCGUUGUAUUUGAUUGCCACUAAUGGUACUCCUAAAUUGAAAGAUCCAGAAGCUUUGAGUUAUGAUAUUAGAAAAUUUUUAGCAUGGUGUUUACAAGUUGAUUUCCAUAAAAGGGCAAAUGCCGAUGAAUUAUUGGCAGAUAAGUUUAUUCAAGAGUGUGAUGAUAUUUCUUCAUUAAGUCCUUUGGUUAAAAUCGCUCGUAUGAAGAAGGCUAACGAAGUAGAUUAA